ACAUAACACUUGACAGACUGCAGCAGUGAUGCCAAUGUCUCGCGUAGCGAGUAUAGUUUUUGCCAUACUUGCGAGUCACCGAAAAUGCCUAAUGUCGUUUCACGUCAUACGCAGAGUUUGGGCUAUUGGUGGUGGAAGUUUUGGAUCGAUUUCAUUACUAAAAUAUUCUAAGAUACUUCGUAGAGUCCAACAAACUUGUAAUAUGGCUGGAAAAUACAAAAUAGUUAUGGUACGCCAUGGUGAAUCAGAAUGGAAUCAAAAGAAUCUCUUUUGUGGUUGGUUCGAUGCUAACCUCAGCGACAAAGGCAAGGAAGAAGCUUUAGCCGCUGGUAAAGCAGUCAAAGAGGCUGGUUUAAAGUUUGAUAUCGCCCACACAUCAGUUCUCACCCGUGCACAAGUUACACUUGCUGCCAUUUUAAAGGAGUCUUGUCAAGAAGGAAUUCCAAUAUGCAAAACUUGGCGUUUAAACGAGCGUCACUAUGGUGGCUUAACAGGUUUAAACAAAGCAGAAACUGCUGCUAAAUACGGAGAAGAUCAGGUGAAAAUAUGGCGCCGUAGUUUUGACAUUCCACCUCCACCCAUGGAGGUUGGACAUGCUUAUUACGAUACUAUUGUAAAAGAUUCUCGAUAUGCUGAUGGUCCAAAGGGCGAUGAAUUCCCUAUGUUUGAAUCUUUAAAACUUACCAUUCAGCGUACUUUACCAUACUGGAAUGAUGUCAUUAUUCCGCAACUUAAAGAGGGAAAACAAAUAAUUAUUGCCGCACAUGGUAAUAGCUUGCGUGGUAUCGUAAAACAUUUAGAUAAUUUAUCCGACGACGCCAUUAUGGCCCUCAAUCUGCCAACUGGUAUUCCUUUCGUUUACGAAUUGGACGAAAACUUCAAACCAGUGGUUUCGAUGAAAUUCCUUGGUGAUGAAGAAACUGUAAGAAAAGCAAUGGAGGCUGUCGCUGCUCAAGGCAAAGCUAAGUAAGCGCACAGAAAUUAAAAUACAUACCUACUUAGCAUUGUCGGUGUAUGUAUGUGCAUUUCGAGUAAAUACAAAAUAAUAAUUGGACAAGCAAUUUGUUUAAGCAUGUUUAUCAUUAUUCUGCGGUAUCCAUUUCACUAGUUAUAUACCGUAAAGUUGUUAACUUGUGUGUGUAGUAAAAUAAAUUAUAAUAUAGUUAAUAAAUUUAAUUUAUUGAAA